UCAACCGCCGUUGCCGCCCAAAAACCUCCCCGCCACCGCACGACAACCCGCAAACCACCAAUUCACAGCCGUGAAAACAUGGCCUUGAGUACCAUCUCCAAGCUCAGCAAUGUGAAUACCUCGGCUGUAACCUCGACAAGAUCCCGCUACCCUAACUCUAGCACUCGCAAAAGAAGUGCACCUGCUAGAAUCCGGACUGCGUCAGAGCGGUCAAGCGGCGGCGGAAUGGUGGCGGACUUCGAGGAGGGAGAGCCCGAAAGACCCAGAUGGACCGGAGAAACGGCGCUUUCUCGACUCGUGGGUUCGCUCAUUUCCUUCAAACCUCUGUAUUCUGUUCUCAAACUUGGUGCUAGACAAGUUUUGAUCAGUACAGCUGAGAAAGGAAACAUUCCUUGGAGGGAUAUGACUAAGGAGAUUUUGGAGUCAGACGUAUACAGCGAGAAGGAUGCUAUUGAGGAUCCAUCAAUUGUUUAUCCUGAUUAUUAUCUCAAUCCUUUCCAUGCAUAUGAUGAGGGAAACCUUUCUUGGCUGGCUGCAGCAGAAGCAGAGGCCGCAACUAUGUCUAUAGCAAAACGGGCUAUACCUUCUGCUUCAUCGGUUGAUGAAGCAAACCAGAUAGUUCGGGGCAAUUGGCUUCAAGCAAUUGAAAGCCAUCACCAGAAAUAUUCAGGAAAUUCCACAAUUAGAGAAAUUCUAGAUAUUGGAUGCUCUGUUGGUGUAAGCACAAGAUUUCUUGCUGACAAAUUCCCCUCAGCAAAAGUCACGGGACUGGAUUUAUCUCCUUACUUCCUUGCUGUUGCUCAAUAUAAGGAUAAUAAAAUAAACCAGGGAACAGAACCAAUAAGGUGGAUCCAUGCAAAUGGCGAAAAUACGGGCUUGCCUUCAAAAUCGUUCGACCUUGUUUCAAUUGCUUAUGUGUUUCAUGAGUGCCCUGAAAGAGCAAUCAAGAAUAUGGUGAAGGAAGCAUUCCGUCUGCUUAGACCAGGAGGCACUUUUGCUGUCACAGACAAUUCGCCAAAAUCAAAGAUUCUUCAGGCGGAUCGUAUGGAGAAAGAAAAUAAAUCAGAAGAAAACGCAGGAGGAGAAGAAGAAGUAGAAGAAGCACUUGAGCUGGUUCUGUUUCAUGUUUCUGAAUGCUAUGUUUACUUGAUACCUCCACGGAAAACUGCAGCUUCUUACAGGGCUGAUGAGUGGAAUGUCAACAAAUGGGCAUGGGAAGGCACUCUCAAAGUUGUGACUAAAGGAGAAGAAUGCAUUAUUCGAUUAGAGGAUAAAAAAACAGGUGAAUUGUACGCUCGGGCAUUUCUGCGAGAGGGGGAACCACAUCCAGUGGAGCCUGUGAUUGAUAGCAGCAGAUACUUUGUUCUACGGGUAGAAGAGAAUAUUGGCGGCCGCCUUCGGCAUGCUUUCAUUGGGAUAGGGUUUCGAGAAAGAACUGAAGCUUAUGACUUCCAAGCUGCCCUUCAUGACCAUAUGAAGUACCUAAAUAAGAAGAAAACUGCUGAAGAGAUGGAGCAACACUUCCAAAAGACUUCUUCAGUUGAUUACAGUUUAAAAGAUGGGGAGACGUUGGUGCUUCAAUUAAAGAAUAAAGGUGGCGGCGGCGUAAAAUCCAAGUUUUUUGAGCAAGGUUUGAAUAAUCUUCAUUUGGAUGAUAAAAGUAGAAAAACAGAAAGCACAUUAGGUAUCAAACUGCCUCCGCCUCCGCCUCCGCCUGCACCGCUCUCACCUGUUGCUGAAAAGUCUCCCUCGGAAUUCCCCACAAAAUGUAGCCCAGACAGAUGUUCAGAAGUCAAGGCAUUGAAAUCAGAAAAAGAUCAACCAAAAGAAUCAGAGUCAGCUGAAAACAAAAGUUCACUAGAUAUACCAGAAGAUGAUUUUGGGGAUUUUCAAGCAGCUGGAUGAUGUGGUGUUAAGAGUGAAUUUGCUUGCACUUAACAAUUACGUUGCGUUUCAUGUGUGUUUAAAUUGGUCUGGUUUAUGUAUAAGAUGCAUUCACAUGGUUUCUAGCGCAAUCAUCAUCGUAUAUUUCACAUCUGGCUGAGUUAACUUCUGCAAAGAAUUAUCUCAGGUUUCAUUCUCUCUUUGACAUCAAUUGUGCUGGGCUGAAUGUAUCCAUAAUGUCAAUGGGCAGAUGUUCACAAUCUCUCUUGCUCGUUAUACCUGCCUUAAAGUUUCAUACAAGUGUCGUAUGGGAAUUAUAUUUGUUACGGGAAA